AAAUAAAAGCAUAUCUCGAGAAAACGUGCCCUGCAAAAGCGUCUUAUAACGAUUUUGUGCAUAAAAACAAAGCGUCAUUGGCCAAACAAUCAAAUUACGAACCAUGUUUAAUCCGAAACUCCCAGUUGAAGAAACAAUUUAUAUUAAGUGCGCGGGAAUUGAGAUAUGAUGAAAAGUUUAUCAAAAAGGGUGAUUUGAAAGAGCUUCGGCGAGGUUCUCGUGCUAUAACACGGAGUAUGGGGUGGCUUAAGAAACAAAAUUAUAACAAUGAUAACCAAAGAGAUUUCAAUGAUGAUGAUGAUACUUAUUUUUCCGAUAACGAAGAUGAAAGUAUUCAAGAUAACUCAGAGGAGACUAUUACUAACGUUUUAAGUUUAUCUAAUGAGGUAAUUUAUAUUAAUAUCCAAAAAACAAUUGAAGAAGGAUGGAAAGUAUCUAGUGCUAAAAAACUUGUAGAUAAGUAUUAUGAGGCAAUUGUAAAUCAUUUUGAUGAAACGUCGGAUGUCGAUCAUGAAAUGCUUAUUACGGCCUCUGAACUUUGCUAUCAUUCAGAAAUUGUAAAUUCUUUGUUUGCGGGAACAUUUGAAAUGAUUGAACGUUCUGUAUGGCUUGAAAUUGGAGAAAUUGAGAAUGAAAUACAAAAGAUGCAACGAAAUGAUACCAAGAAAGACAAUGAGCGAUCAAAACUCGGAAUGAAACAUGAUGGUGUAGCAGGAAAUGCCUUUAAUAAUGACAUAACGAAUAGAAAUAUUGAUUUAGAGAAAUUAUAUAAAG